AUGUCUACACAAGCUCAGGCGCAACAUUGCAAGGAGUACAUGCAGCCUGUCCGCAUCAAUAUCCAAGCUACAUUGGUCCUUCCGAAAUAUAUCGUCGAACUAUUCAAAAAGAAACUGACAACGAGUGAUGAGGGUGGUUCUGGAGUUAAUCGACAGAAAAUCAGGCAAAAGCGUUUCCGAGGCAUGAGCUACAGAUCAAGCAGCUCAAUUAUUCUACGCGCAGGAUGCUCUAUUACGUUAUUGGCCCUCUACAAUUGUUACCUGCUUUUGAUCGCCCUGAUUGUCAGACAUUUUGCUAAAGAGCCCAGUAGAACUGCCUUUGGUAUUUCACGCCGGCCUUGUUUUCGUCCCGGAACAGGCUUUGGCCGCCGUGAGCAUCUAUUCGGUGAUGGAUGGUUUCUUGAGUGGCCAGGAGGUCAACGCCCUCUUAAUUCGACAUGGCCAUGGUCCGGAGUGAAACUUUCAAUCUUGGUAUUGUGGGGUGUAUGCUGGAUGUUUUAUAUGCGAAUGCAGUGUUGGCAACAAGCACAACCUCAUACUUCGCAUAGCCAUAGCCAUCCGCAGACAUCUUUGCGCAAGGCUUCCAGACCCUCAGCGUUUCAUUUGUCUCCAACAGCGAAGAAUUAUCUACCAUUAGAUCAACAACAAGCAGGAUCAGUCAUCAAACAAGAGCAAGAACCAUAUAAUCCAUUUAUCUUCGGUCAAUAUCAGGACAAUCACAGCAACCAUACCCAGAGCAACCAUCUACAACGCCCAAGUGACUCCAACUGGCCUCUAUUGUUUGAUCCGCAUUUAAACAAUACAAGGAUUUGCAACCACAAUACCGAAAAUCAAGGAACAUUUCAGCCAAUACCAAAGUCGGAUCAGAUCUGGUACCCUACUCGAGAAUACGCAUACACACAGGCAGCUGCGCCGAGAACACAGCAAGUACUCUUAGCCAUGUCGAACACGCCGGAGAGACAGCAUAGACAAUCAAAGUCGCCUGUUCCUCCGCAAGGCUCUGAUAACAAAGAAGGAAUAACCGACAGCGACAAUAUUACGAGUCAUAACUUAAAUCCGGAUCAUGACACCAAUGGACUCGUGCCUACAUUGCCUGCUGUGCCUGGAGUUUCAAAGUCUCAGACAGAUAUAACAACCGUUGGUGCCCCCAGUUUAGUAGCUGAAGGCCGCGAAUCUGAGAACCAUCCAAAGGAAAAGAAUGGAGGUGGUGAUGAAAAAAAUGGAUUACUAAGCGUGGCUGGUACUUCGCCACAUCACUUUAGCGCACAAGGCAAACAUCAAUUUGCAGCCUCUCAAGCUCCAGGAUACCAGGCAUUGCAUUAUCAAGAAUCCAAUAGUCAACCUGAAAACCACCAAGCCGGACUUCGCGAUAAUACAUACUUUCCUGAAGACUACGACCAUAACCCAGAUUCAGACUUCUUUCAAUAUCAGGAUAACUCCCGCCCAAACAACAAUAUGAGUUUAAGCUACGAGUCCAGAUCAUUUAUGACUGAUACACAGUACCCGAUGCAAAUGGCGCACGAAACGCAGGAACAGGACGAGUUCAAGCCGCACGAUGAGCAUAAUUACCCAAGUCCGCCGCCUCCAAUGUCCGAGAACCCUUAUACCACACAACCUAUGACUGAAACUCCAGACCACCCAUCGUUGGAACUACCAGAAUUACCAAAAGACGAAGAAGAGGCGCCGUCACCCGGACGAUCAAAGCCAGUACCAAAACCUGACAGGGAGAUUACAAAAGACGCAAAUGGGAGAUUCUACUGUACAUGGCCAGGAUGUACUGAAGAGGUCAAAGAUUUUAAUAGAAAAUGCGAGUGGAGCAAACACAUGGACAAACACGAUCGUCCUUACAGAUGCAAGGAACCAGGCUGCGAAAAGCUUCCUGGAUUUACAUACUCUGGAGGACUCCUUCGACACGAAAGAGAAGUGCAUGGAAAACACGGCGGGCCUAAAAAGCAACUCAACUGUCCUCAUCCCAACUGUAAACGUCACACUGGAAAAGGAUUCUCCCGUCAAGAAAACCUUAACGAACAUCUCAGACGCGUGCAUACAGCAGAUACAGGAAUGACACAAAUUUCUCAAAUGAACAUGGAUGAAACGGAAGAAGAUGCCAGCCAAGCAAUUAUAACAGGCAUGAAAAGAAAACGCGGAAAUAGCAAGGGAGACGUUAGUGAACUAGAAAGUCUUCGCGAGGAAAUCAAGAAGAUGAAGGCCGAAAAUGAUGAGCUCAAGAGACAAUCACAAGCCCAACAAGCACAAACUGCAGAAGUUAUGCGCCAACUGGUUGAACUUCAAAAUUUAGCAACGCUGCAGCAUCCACGGAUGAAUGCACCGCAGGCUACUAUGUAA